AUGUCGUCACACGAUUUAUUAAAUUAUUCGAUUAUGCAUAAUAAUACGAAAACCAAUCAUUAUUAUCAUAAUAAUACAAAUAUUGUAUCUUUACCACCUUUAACUCCUAUAAUAAAACAAUUGUCUGAGAAUCAUGAUCAUUCAUCCAUAGUUUUACCUCCUUUAACUAGAUUACCAUCUAAUUCAAACUUGAAUUAUAUUACUUCUACUACAUCAAUAGUAUCAAAUUCAUCUACUGGAACCACUACUCCAACCAAUACUAAUAGAUUAACUGAACAUAAUUUGUUACAUUUAAGUGAUUCAUUCAACAAACAAACUCCAACCACUUCUUCCACUUUCAGUAACAGUUCAAAUAAUCAUCAUGGUUUAGGAUUAUUAUCCUCGGCUAUCUCCUCCCUUCAAAGACUUCCAGCAUCUUAUCAUCACAUAAAACAAGUUGAUGAACCAAAAACCAAUCCUCCAUCAUUAACAUCAGCUAGUUCUGUUGGAUCUUUAUCUCCAGUAUCAUCACCAUCUAUGACUUCAGCUAGUUUAACUUCUAAAAUUACUAAAUCUCAUUCGAAUACUAGUAAUAGUUCUACUAAUAAAAGAAGACAAAGAUUAGGUCCAUCAUGUGAUUCAUGUCGUUUAAGAAAAGUUAAAUGUAAUGCUGAGAUUAUAAUAUUGGCUAAAUCUAUGGAAGAUAUCAAUCAAAAUCAAUUAAUUUAUCAAUAUAAUCUUUCAUCGGUUGAACUUGAAAGAUUAUUAAAUCAAUCUCAAGUGAUUACAAAAGUUGAUCAAGUUGAUAAUAAUGAAGAAAUCCAUUUAUUAAUUUCCAAUUCAAAAUUGAUUAAAUAUAAAUUCUGUAAUAGCUGUAAUUCAAAGGGAUUAAAUUGUUGUUUCUCCAAGGGUUUUACUAAAGAAGAUAUUAUGGUUAAUAAUAAGAAAUCUAAUACCAAUGCCAACAUCUCAUCUUCUAAUAAUGUCACUACUAUUCCAAUUAUUACUUCUCCUGUUAUUAAAAAGGAAAAACCAAUUAAAAUUGCUAAAAAGGUAAACUCUUCCCCAGUUAUCAAUAAUACCAAAACUAUUUCUUCGUUGACUGCUGCUUUAACUAAAUCCUUAACUGAAUCUUCUCCAAUCACUAAUAUCAUCAAUCAUCUUGAACCUCAACCAAUCAUUGAAGAAAAGGCUGUGUUGAUACCCGCAUCCCAUUCACCAACUAUUAGUUCAAUCUUAACUGACAAUAACUCAAAUCAAUCUUCAAAUAAUAAUACUACUAGAAAAUCAUCAUGUAUUUCUUGUAGAAAGAGAAAAGUUAAAUGUGUCUACAGUUCUGUGUUGAAUAAAUGUGAAGGAUGUUAUAAAAAGAAUCAUGAUUGUAAAUUCGAUGUUAACACAGUCAAACAAUUAAUCAACUAA